AUGCUGCACUUGACAUUCGUCAAAAGGGACAAGGAAUCUCCCACAACCACCAAAACCUACCCCACGGGCCUGGAUGGGUGCGUUAUCUGUCCAAGUGCUGCCGCUGUGUGUCCCAAAUGUCCCUCGGGUCAAGUGUGUAACCAAUUGACACGGACAUGCUCUACGUGUCCGGAAUUUGUUUGUGUGAAAGGAGACGGUGCUGUUCCUGGGUCAAAGCCCAUUGGUGCGAUUGUAGGAGGCGUAGUUGGAGGUGUGGGCGGUCUAGCUGUGAUAGCCAUGGUGUGCUUUUUCUUGUACUACAAGCUCAUCUACCGCAAGAAGAACCCGCGGAAUUCGAGCAUUGAGCUUGAUGAUGAGGCCGAAGGCUCGGAGGCCAAGUACCAGGACUCCGAGAGCUCAUACGACCGUGGCGGCUCAAAGGCUCCUCGCAGCCGUCGUCUCUCGUCGUAUGAGUCGUUCAUGCGGCCUCCAAGAUACAACAAACGAGGCCAGGGGUCUGCUGCAGGAAGCGGGUCGCAGCUGUAUGAAGAGCGGAGCAGCGGCGCCCGCGGUCUGAACCAAGACGUGUCCAAGAGAAACUCCAUGGCCACCACGGUGUCUACCUCCAACGCGUCGAACAUCUUGCCGAUCGCAUACAUUCCUGGUGUGACCAUCCGGCCCACGAAAAACAACACACGCUCCAUAUACCUGUACGAGGCCGAGUCGAUCAACUCCGAGGCGCCAGACACAUCGCUGGUUCUACAGCACCUGAUUGUGUCGCUGGGCAAUAUGAUGACUGCUGUCAAAGCACAGCCCAAACUCAUUAAUGUGGCCCGCAUCGAAGAGGACGAAGAGCCUGAAGAUUCUGAGGACGACUCUACAAAUGUCAACGGUAGCGCCGAUGGUGCAGACGAGCCUGGCCCUGUCGAUCCAUUUGCCGGCCUGCCGAAACAGGAACUUCACCGCCUUGAUACCUUGGUCGAAACAGACGGAGAGUCGGACUCGGAUGUUGAUUCCGAUAUUGGAGAGAUCCGCCGCGCCAACUCUACGAGAAGACAUGCCAACCAGUUGGAGGGAGACGAACAGUAUGACGAAGACGCGGAGGACACUGGGUCGUUUAUCAUUCCUAUCAUGCGAGAGUAG